AUGGCCGCAUCUGGAGGAAAUAUUGAAUGGGCUACAACUGUUAAACCGAUUUUAACAGCUUUGUACGGUCCGUUUUUCGAUAAGAAUGACGCCGUAGAAAUAAUACAAGCCAUCAUCAAAAGUGAAAAUGAGUUCCAGAAUCAUGACUAUGUCUAUGACCUGUUCUAUUCGUGUUUCGCGUGCCUUUCGGCUCAUUUUAUCAGUAUAAACGCAAAUAACUUACCACCUGAGCAACUCAGUACAGCUAGAGAUGCAUUCAGAAUUAUUCUGCGACAAAUCCUUAAAAAACUCUCUGAAGCCGGAUUGAGCUAUGAUGAUAACACCAAUGCUUCUGCACCUAAUAUUUCAGUCAAACAGCUUCUUCUGCCAAUAGUUGGCUUAUGUGGUAUUGAUGGAGGAGGUCUACCACAGUCAGAUCUUGUUAUACUAACAUCCCUAUUGAAAAGUGCUAAACUCCCUGCUCAUAUCAAUGUACCAGACACACAAAACACAAAGUCCUCUGUCAUACCAAGUCCAAUCACAUCUCUUGCAUCACAAACAACAACAGCAGAGAAACAACCUCCAUCCAAUGCCCAAAGACGAUCAGAUGCUUUAUUAGAACAACUAACUAUGCCUUUAAAGAACACAGGGGCAACUGUAUCUCAGAGUCAACCAGCUCUAGUCAUGUCUCCUGGAAGCAAAGAUAGCUUGGAUAAUACUAAGGAUGGGAAUGGUUCACAACAGACAUCUAUAGAUGUAAAGAAAUGGGUGGCAUCAACCUGUUCAUCAUUGUUAAUGGAGCUUCGAGCUGGUGCUGUGGUGUUGAAGGUUUGUUCCUCACUGCCAUGCCUGCAGAGGUAUCUCAAUCGCUGGGAUAAUGCUAAGGAGAGUGCUAUAGCACCACAGUUCAAUGCUGAUGUUUCAUUACUUCAUUUCUUAGUUAACGAAGUGCACGUGUGCCGCCUGGCGUUAUCAUUACCGUGUUUAGAACCUUUCACACCAGAACGUAUCGCUGCGCUUAGCGACAUCGCGACAGCGUGGCUUCUAUGCUGUGCUACCGCUCAGGCGUCACUUCACCCAAAAGAUGAAGAGAGUGAGCAACAAACUGCGACCCUUGUUGAAAGUGCACUAAGUUUGUACAAUGAUGUAGGGGAGACAUUCAAGCAAUCCACACGCGCUGGUGGAUAUGUAUAUCAAAACCAUCUGAUGAUUGGAGCGUGGGUGCUCCUCUGUGGCCUGCACCACGCGCUGGCCGGCGCGCCCGGGCCUUCCGCGCCUAAGAGCCCGGCGAAGGUCCCUUCUCGUCCAUACAAUCUUACUAAAAUGCAACAAGGGCUGAGUGUAGUGUGGGUAGCAUUGGGCGGUCGCUGCCUGGCGUGGACCGGUGCGUUGCUCUCAGACGCUCGGCUCGAAGCACUCAGCGUAACAAGCCCCUCCACCACUAGUGAGACGCCCGCGCCCCUGCAGAUACUGGCUCACCACACCGCCCACCAGAGGGAGCUGAGACUUAUAUCUGCGGCACCUUUACAUCAGCUCUUAGUAUCGCUCGGCGUUGUGUGCUACCGUAAAGCGACGAAUUUAAAGAGAGCAGUGGUGCAGAAACAGCACCAGGACGCCGACCCGGACAGGUCCGACUCCACGGUUUACUUCCAGGACAUGAUACUUUGCUCUGAGGAUUCUGAAACUGAUGAUGAAGAUAGUGAACCACUCUUCGGAUUGUGGUUCGAGUCGACACUAGUAGCCCCCGACGCGCUGGACAGCGGCCUCACGCGCGCCGGCGCCAACGACAACGAUAACUCCAACGAGACCAACGCUCGUCCGCAGCAGGCUAUUGUGCCGGAUAAGGCUGAACCUUAUUCGUACAUAACACUAGCAACAGAAGUGUUUAAUCUAUUAACUGAGGAAAUCCUCGGCGAGGGCGUAGAACGAUUGGGCCCUAACGCGCUGCAACUUCAUGAAGCGCAUCAAGCAUUGCUGGCUGCUCUAGCUAAAGACUUGGACCGAGAGACAGCUAGAACUGACACUGGUACAAUAUCACCAUGUUUCGGAGCUCGACUAGGCGCGCUGUACGCCGCAUUCAGCUCAGCACUAGUUCGGUACUUGCACAACCUCCAGCCUGUACUGCAGCAACAGCUGGUAUCCACUGGCACUGAAAGAAAUAACAUGACACCUUUACAGGUCGGCCCACGUGUAGCGAAACUACUGGGUGGUAUGGUACUUAGCAAGGCGGCACCGGAACGCGAAAAUAGUAUCCUUGUUAUGUGGCAUAAGAUAGUUAAUACACUGCAGGAGUGCGCUCUGCAGAGCCAACCCAACCAAGACCAUGAUUAUGAAGAUUUGAAUGUUGAACAUGCCCAGCUCCUUGUCUAUUUGUUCCACUCCUUGACACUGAUGCAGAAAAAAUCUGUUCUACUGACCACGUCCAAUGCUAUUAUUAAAGUUGUAGAAACUCUCGGAAUAAAUGAUAGAAAGCGUGCAAUGAAUUUAGCUCCACAUCAGCUCAUGCUGAUCACCAGACUCAUGCUAUUAUUAGAAUACCUCAUGAAACAUCUGUAUGAUGCACCACAGUGCUUAUUGCAGCAGAUUGAGUGGAAUCUAGUGAUAUCCCCCGGACUAGCCCAGUCAUCAUCAGAUGCAAAUAACGGUGGUGCAAAGACGACUACUGAUAACGGCCUACUAAAGUCCCGCAUUUAUUGCGAAGUGCCGUUGAUAGAAGCAGCUUACAGACAGCCCACACAAGACGACUCGUCUAUGAGACCUAAGUUCUAUGCGCUCACCAACGCUGAGAUAAAUAACCAGGAAAACCCCAAACUAGACGGGCUAGCGUGCAACUUCGUGCUAGGAACGCCCCACAAGCUCAAGUACCCGCUGCUGCUGGACGCGCUGCUGUCGCUGCUGAACUCUGCGUGUGUGUGCGACAACCCGCAGAAUCAUAACAACGCGGCCGCUCUGUGCGCCGCUCAUUAUUGUUUCCAGACGGCUUGGAGAUUGGUAAUAAGCAUGCCUCCAGCGACACCGCAUAUGGAUAAAUUACAAGCGGGUACGGCAGCCGACCUGCCGUCGCCCUUGCCUCUUCACGCCAUAGUGUGGGCGCCGAGAGCCGACGGUAAAAAGCUUUUCAACUCCUGGCUGAAAGAUGCUCUUGUGAAACAAGGAAUGUAUACUCAGUAUGCUGAAAAUUUGCUCUCUGGAGUGAGUGCAUCCUGCGAUAAUAUCAAGUACACUGCAUGGCUCGCAUCUGAGACGAUUAAACAUCUCGAACGAAAUAUGGGUCCACAUGGUCUGCCAUGCCUUCUCGACGUAAUAUCAUGCGAUGCAGCUCUCAUGAGGUUGAAAGUGUGUCUCAUUGAUUCUGCAUCAGCAUCGGAGGCUCACCAGUUUAUGCCUGAUUUAUUAGAUUUACUGAAGACUGUCCUAGAGUGUUGUCGGCUGAGCGCUAACAUAGAGAUCGCGAUGGCGGACGGGUCGCCCGCGGACGGCGCGGGCGGGGGCGCGGAGGCGGCGGCGGCGGCGGCGCGCCUGCAGGUGUGCGGCGUGGCGGGCGUAGAGCGCGCGGCAGGCGCCGGCGCGCCCGCGCUCGGCUCCUGGCUCAAGGCGCAGCUGCCGGCCGCGUGCGCUCUGCCUCCACCGCUCGCUGUUAAUGCGACCUUCUUCGAGUCGCACGUCAUCCCAUCCGAGAGCGCAGUACUUCUGCUCGUUUCGUCGCACUGUGAGCUAAUGACCAAAUACGAGAAGUACUCAGUUGGAGCGUCCCUAACAAUGCUAGCGUACUCUGCGGCGCAACUCCUGGAAAUAGGCGCCAGCAAACUGGCUGACAACACCGCAUUGACUAAGAAGACUUUAGACCUCAUUGUGCCGGCUUUGACGGACGGUCGACUUCAAUUCUUGUCGGAACCACUAGCGGCGACGUUGAAUAUAUUGGUCCCACAAGCUAAUAAGGCAGAACAACUCAUACACGAACAUAUCUUAAAAACAACGUACACUGUGUUAGUCGAUCAUUUGCAGCCUUCCACAGAAAAAACUUUAAGAUAUAUGGUAAUAUACUGGGAGAAGAUUCUAGAGAGACCAGCAGGACGAGUAGCAUACGAAAAUGUAUUUGCCGAUAAUUCAGAAUACGUCCUCGGCAAAAUUUUACUAUCCGCCCCUAACGCCAGAAGCAUCUAUACUGAAAGGGUUAUAAAGCUCUUCAUCAAGAUAUUUAAUGGUUGUGAAAAUUCAGAACUAAAUAGUGCUUUGUGCAUAUCAGUUAGUAAAUUUAUCGGAGUAGCAGAUCAUCAAAAACUUCUCAACCUUCUUUCUCACAUCUGUUUAACUACACCAGCGUCAACUACAAACGGCAACGUGGGCACGGCCAAUGGAUCGCCCACAGAGGCCGAACUCCCGACCCCUACUUCCUCCGCACCAGAGGGCAACAACCCCGCCUCACUGGCUCUAAGGAAUGCACUACGCUCAGUGUUCCGUACAGACGAAGCGGCCAGAAACGAUAAUGGCAACCGGAAUGAUCAAGAUUUGCCAGUUUUUGAUACUCCAUCACCAGCCCCUAGAGCUCAGUCGGAAGCAGCUCAGCAAUCUGCGAAUUCUGAAAGUGGUAGCUGGUCCGAAGCUAGCAAAGAGAAUGGCGCAGCAGCCGCUACCGCGGAUGCCAGCACUCCUGUAGCAGAAUCCUCUAACGACAAUGCCACGCUACUCUCCUUGCUCUGCAAGCAUAUUGUUCACCAUGGCGGUGAGAAGGUGAGCGAGCGUAUGGUGGGCGCGCUGAUCAGCGUGAGCGGCGCCGCGUGCACGCCGGUGCUGCUACGCGAGCUGUGCCGCCUGGCCGACGCGCACGCCGGCGCCGACCACCGGCAUCUGUUCCCUGCCGCGCUGUCCUGGCUAUCUGCUUGUGUGGAUAACCUCAGCAGUCCAGAUGUAUUAGAAAAGUUAGAAGAAGGACAGUUAGAUGCCACUCUUAUUUCUCAAAUCGAGUCUGCGUGCGUUUUACUUUCAUAUCUCGCUGAUGCCUUACACGCGAUUGGUACAGCACAACCGCAUACUUGGCGGUCAGUCAGUCCGACUUGGGAGUCUCCAUCAGACCUCGGGUUUGACUUGGACUACACUGAUGAACAACAAGAUGACGACGAUACGAGUGCAGAUGAUUCCGACGAAGACGCAAUGCUGCAAUACAAACUGUGUACGUUCACGGUGACCCAGCGGGAGUUCAUGAACCAGCACUGGUACCACUGUCAUACGUGCAAGAUGGUGGACGGCGUGGGCGUGUGCACGGUAUGCGCGCGCGUGUGCCAUCGUGGACACGACGUAUCAUACGCCAAGUUUGGUAACUUUUUCUGCGACUGUGGGGCUAAACCUGAUUCUAGCUGCCAAGCUCUAGUCAAGAGAUCGGUAACGCUAGGUGGCGCUCGCGGUGCCUCUGCUGGAGCGGAGGAGACCCCUCCCGCCCCGUCUAUCAGACGUCGUCCCUCGAGCCCUACACCUCCAGCUACCUACGCGCCUCCUCGCCGCCCUGUGCUCGCGCAUAAUAUUCAAGGCUGUCGCUCGUUCCUCCUAUCGUACAGCGGCUGGUCUGCUUGCUUGGAGCGCGUGCGGCGGCUGCUGGGUGCGCUGGCGGGGCCGGUGCGCGCGGCGUGCGAGCGCGGCGCGGCCGUCGGCGCGCACGGACGCGCACAGCGCGCGCUCGCGCAGCUGCACCUCGGCGAGAAGCGCUUCACUCAUACUGACACACUCAUGAUGCCUACUCUUGGUUCCCAAGAAGGUGCAUUUGAGAACGUGCGCAUGUCGUACACCGGCGAGAACGGUCAGACCAUCCGCCAGCUGAUGUCGGCGCACAAGCUGCGGCGCGUGGCCAUGUGCUGUCUCGCCUCGCCGCACGGCCGUCGGCAGCAUCUCGCUGUGUCGCAUGAGAAAGGAAAAAUAACGGUCUUACAAUUAUCAGCCUUACUAAAACAAGCAGAUUCGUCAAAGCAUAAGUUGACUCUAACCCGGCUUUCAUCUGCACCAAUUCCAUUUACUGUACUAAGUCUAAGCGGAAACCCCUGUAAUGAAGAUCUUCUGGCCGUGUGUGGGUUGAAGGAGUGCCAUGUGCUGACAUUUAAUAGUGGUGGAGCGGUUGCCGACCACUUAGUGCUGAACACAGGUUUGGAAGCCAACAACUACGUGAUCAAAGCGAUAUGGCUGCCGGGCUCGCAGACGCAACUCGCGCUCGUCACGUCCGACUUCGUCAAGAUAUUCGAUCUGAGCAAGGAUUUGAACAACCCUAUGCAUCAUUUCCUGGUACCCAGUGGAAAGGUUCGUGAUGUGACUUUUGUAAACCAAGAUGAUAUAAUGCACAUGUUGUGUAUGAGUUCCGCGGGACACAUUUACUGGCAGCCUAUGAGUGAAGAAUCCCGAGCGAUAUUAGGCACUUUCUAUGUAACAAACACCCUUGAAGUCUUACACCCAGAAAUUCAGGAUGUUGCUGGAUUAGUCGGAGGUGGCGGAGUGUCGAUAUACUAUUCACACACUUUAAGAAUGCUCUUCUUCUCCUAUGCUCAAGGCAAAAGCUUCUUAGCACCACUAAAUACAGUUGAAGAUAGUGUUAAAGGUACUGCCAUGAUAACCCUAUCGUCAGCGGCGGUACAGAAGGAAGGCGGGCGCGGCAAGCAGGGCGGCGUGCAGUCGCUGUGCCAGUGGGCAGAGGUGCCCGGCCACCCCGGCCUCGUCACCGCCGUCAUGCAGACGUCCAACAACCCCGUCGUGCUAAUGCUAACACCCAAUAAUAUAUUUGUGCAGGAGAUUAAGGUGGUACCAGCGAAAGCAAAGAUAACGGAUAUGGUAGCGGUGCGCCACUGGUGCGGCGGCGGCGGCGAGCAGAAGAGCACGCUCAUACUGCUGUGCGAGGACGGCAGCCUGCGCAUGUACGCCGCCAACCACGACCACACCGGCUACUGGCUGUCACCCGCCAUACAGCCCGUGCACGCCCCGCGCCGGCGCCCGCGUCUGCUCACUCACCAUGCCAAGGGGAAAACUCAACAGACUGUGACAAAAUCGAACUCUAAUGGAACACCACAGUUCCCGAUCGACUUCUUCGAACAUUGUGUUGCUAUGAGCGAUAUUGAAUUUGGUGGGAAUGAUCUUCUUCAAGUUUACAACACUGCACAGAUAAAGCACCGACUCAAUACUACUGGUUUGUAUGUGGUGUCAACAAAAAUGAGUGGGUUUUCUAUGGAAGUUGUUAACUCUGACCCCAACAUGGUUAUUUGCGGAAUACGCGUCUUGCUGGGUAGUCAGGAUGUUGCUAGGUCACCAACAUAUGUGGAGGUGUAUGGGAGAUCUAUUCAGACUAUAGUCGUUAGAAACCGUUGGUUCGACAUUCCUUUAACACGCGAGGAAUCGUUGCAGUCUGAUAAAAAGUUGGUUAUCAAUUUUGGGCCAUCUCAAGAUCCAGAUGGUAUUACUAUGGUUGAAUCUGUUAAGGUUUAUGGCAAAAACAAGGAACAAUUUGGAUGGCCAGAAGAAAAUGAAGAUCCAUCUGCUUGCCCAUCAUCCAGUAAAGUGGCACAGGAAUCGGAGAAUAACAGUGGUGCCUGGAAGCCCAGUUCUCUAGAGCGCCUCGCGUGCGCUGCUCUGGAGGCGCUGGAGCUGGGCGCGAGCGCGCCGGCCAACACGGGUGCGGCGGCGGGCACGGAGGCGGGCACGGAGGCGGCGCGCAAGCUGCUGUGCGCGCCCGCCUCCGCGCACCUGCACGCGCGCGCGCAGUGUCUGCUGCGCGCCGUCUACCAGGGGCAGUACCAUCAGUUCAAAGACCAAGCUAUAUUAAAAUACGUGUCGACAUCACUAUGCGAGCUGCGCGACACCACGGACGCGCGCAACGUCGACCCCGAGGCGUACUUCCGGCUGGUGCUGCUGGCGCGCGGCGUGGCGGUGGCGCGCCCUGUCAACCUGCUGAAAUUCAGUGCUCCCACACCGCCCAAACCGGCUGAUGGCAAUUGGUCAAGCUUAUGGAAAGGCGGUUACCAAGAAGAAGAGGAACGAGAGCCGCAUCUGUGCACAUUGUUGAGCAGCGUGCUGUGGAAGCUGGCGGCGUGCCGCAACCAGACCGCGGGCCCGCCCGGCAUCCUGUCCUACGGUCUGCGCCACGCCGACCACACGCUGCACGCACUCGCCGACACCAUACACGCCUUCCAGAUGUUCGGCGAUGCGGACUGUAUCGAUAUUGGAAAUCAAAUUUAUUUAUCCCUUCUACUGGCUGAAGACCAAAGCAUAAGUUUCGGUACUAAAGCAGCACUGAUGCGGGUUUUGCGACCUCGAGUCAAGAGGCGUCGAGUGUAUAUACCAUCUCCUCCGAAUACUCCUGGUGCUGUUUCAUCAGCAACUACAGCACAACCAGCAAGCUCUAUAACAGAGGCAGCAGUUUCUGAAGCGGAACUGAACGCAAAUCGCGACGAACAACAAGAAAAUCAAUACAUGGAUGUGGAUGAUUCACUCGAGCCCAUGGUUCUGCUCGCACCCGAUGGUGGUCUGGAGGCUCUACUAGACAUACCGGCAGACGCUGACGACGAGACAAUGGUGGAGCUGGCGAUAGCCCUGUCCCUGCAGGAGCAAAGCCGCCGCGCGCCGCCGCCCGCGCCGGCGCAGCCCGCACAGCCCGCGCAGUCCGCGCCGCACGCCUCGCAUGCGCCCGCCUACAGCGACGCCACCGCUUCGCCUAAUGGAUCGGACGAUGAAGGCAGCACAGCGGCUACAGAUGGGAGCACAUUGCGAACGUCGCCCGCGGAAGCAGGAGGCUCUGCGGCUUCAGACAGCGGCGGCUCCGCCGCCGACAGUAUCGGCGGUGUUUCUGGGCGGAGCAGUGCUUACGGUGAGAUGUCGGCGCCGGUGCAACCUUCUACUGCCGUCGAGGCACCGUCAGCUGUCGCAGCAGGUCCGUCGAGCUCGACUCACCCGCUGGCGACCUCGUCCCGCGCACUGGAGGCGGAGACGGAAGCGCGCAAGCUGCACGCGCUGCGGCUUUCCCUGCUGUCCGCCGCGCUGACAGCUCUGCCUACCCUCAGGACGCUGCCCGGCGUCCGAGCUAUACCGUUUGUUCAGGUUAUCUUAAUGCUCGCCGGCGACUUAGAUUCUAGCGUUGAAGGCGAUCGCGUAGUGCUCGAACGGUUGCUUGAAGUGCUCGUGUACGAAUUGGACAUACAACCGGAGAAGCCUGUGAGUGAAGUGCAUCGCAGUGAGAAACGUGAGCUACAGCUUGCCAUAUUGAGGCUGGAGUUGCUUGUGUCGGAGCUAGAUACGCAUACGGAAGACUACGAUCCGCCGGUGUAUGUGCGCACUAAUAGGAGGGAGUUGCAGCUUGUUAUUAUGAGACUGCUAAGUGUGUUAAUGGCUCGAUGGAAGACAUGCGGCACUGGCGGGUCCGGCGCGGCGGUGACGCGCGGCGAGGUGUCGGGCGCGGCGUGCGCGGCGCACGUGUCGCGGCUUGCGGCGGCCGCGCUGGUGCGCGCGGGCGCGCCCAAGCACUGCUACAACGUGCUCGCGUCCCUGCUGCCGUACUGGAGGGAGAAGACUGCUAAUUCUGGUUCUACGACGACCGGACAGCAAUUACUAAAGCCUCAACCACCACAGCCACUACCUGAUAUGCAACCUUUCUUUGUCAAAGAAUAUGUUAAGAGUCACGCUCUGGAUGUAUUCGAUAAUUACCCACAGUUAGUAAUGGAAAUGGCACUCCGACUGCCAUGUCAAAUACACAAGCAUUGUGAUAAUAAACACUUCGAUGCACGCUGGCGCACUCUGCUUUGCGAGUAUAUGAUGAACCAGCAAACACCACUAAGGAAACAAGUACGUAAGUUACUCCUGCUGCUGUGCGGCACGCGCGAGCGCUACCGCCAGCUGCGCGACGUGCACGCGCUCGACACGCACCUCACCGCAGCGCGCGCGCUGCUCGCCACGGACCCCGCCUAUGACAAGCUUGUACGUCUUAUGGAUCAUUUGAAGGCGUGCGCAGAAAUAGUAUCAGCGCGCACGGGCAACUGGCAGCACACGUGCACGACGGAGCGGCGCGAGACCUUAGGCUGGCUGGUGCGCAGCGCGCGACACCUGCACCCGCACGUGGCCCCCACCGUGCUGCAGCUGCUGCAGGCGGCGCUGUGCGCGCCCGCCGCCGCCGCGCCCAGCGCGCCCGUCGCCUCCACCACGCCCGCCGGCACGCCGCCCGUCUCCGCGCAGCGCGCUGUACAAGACAAGAACUCCGCCGAAUGGUCUGAGCGCGAACGCAGUGCGGAAAGUGACGCUUUUGUAUCUGAUGGCUCUAAGUUCCAAGAACAGAGAGUUCCACAACUUGUGCAGCAAAUCUUGAAACAGGUUCCACAAGAUGAACUUAAAUUAUUUGUGAAGGCUUUCUUAUUGGAAACUAAUUCAACCGCAGUGCGUUGGCAAGCGCAUGCAUUAAUACUAGCCAUUUACAACAACUGCUCCCAAGCUGAGCAAGCUUCUUUAGUUUCAUUACUAUGGGGAUUGUGGCCUACAUUGCCACAAUAUGGACGCAAAGCGGCGCAAUUUGUUGAUCUCCUCGGCUAUUUCACGCUCAAGACACCUAAUAUUGAAGCUGAGAAGUACAUCGGCAGUGCAGUGGAAUUGCUUCGCAAUCAGAACCAAUUGCUGUCAUCUCACGGCAACGCCGCACUCUAUGCGGCACUAGGCGCCUACGUGGAGUUGGACGGCUACUAUCUCGAGUCCGAGCCGUGUCUCGUCUGCAACAACCCGGAGGUGCCCAUGGCCACCAUCAAGCUGCCAACUAUCAAGAUCGACUCGAAGUUCACGACAACGACGCAGAUAGUGAAGCUCGUGAACAGCCACAUGAUCAGCCGCAUCAGUCUGCGCAUCGGCGACAUCAAGCGCAGCAAGAUGGUGCGCACCAUCAACUUCUACUACAGCAACCGCACCGUCCAGGCCGUGCAAGAGUUGAAGAAUAAACCCAGCAUGUGGCAUAAAGCAAAACGAGUACAGCUCCAAUCUGGACAGUCGGAAGUGCGCGUUGACUUUCCGCUUCCGAUUGUUGCCUGUAAUCUUAUGAUGGAAUAUGCUGAUUUCUAUGAGAACCAACAAGCUACAGGUGAGUCCCUGCAAUGCCCACGUUGCUCUCAAUCUGUACCUGCAAACCCUGGGGUUUGUGCUAAUUGUGGUGAAAACGUAUUUCAAUGCCACAAAUGCCGUGCUAUAAACUACGACGAGAAAGAUCCGUUCCUUUGUCACGCGUGCGGGUUCUGUAAGUACGCGAAGUUCGACUACACUCUCACUGCGCGGCCUUGCUGCGCGGUCGACACCAUUGAGAACGAUGAAGAGCGCAAGAAGAUGGUGCAGACAAUUGGAGCUUUGCUGGACAAAGCCGAUCGUGUGUAUCGCCAACUUAUUGCCAAUAAACCCGUUUUAGAGUCAUUAGUACACAAGAUAAGCGAGCAUCGCGUGGAGGGUCGCGCGGACGAGAAUAGCAAUGGCGCGGGCGGCGCCUUCGGUGGAGCGCAGAUCAACCGCGUCAUACAGACGCUCGCGCAUAAGUACUGCGUCGAGAGCAAGGGACACUUUGAGGAUCUCUCCAAGAUUAUACAGAAGGUGCUUGCUUGUAGAAAGGAAUUAGUGGCUUACGAUAGGUCACAAAGCGAACAACAAAAUGGCGACACGUUGCCAGUGUAUGCUGGUUUACUACAAAAUUACGAUGGUGACGUCACUAAAGAAUCCGGAGGCGCAUGUUACGGGUGUUCGCUGGCGUGUGCGGAGCAGUGCCUGACGCUGCUGCGCGCGCUCGCGUCGCAGCGCGAGCACCGCGCGCGUCUCUGCCGCUUCGGCCUCGUGCACGAGCUCGUCCACCACAGCCUGCACCGCGGCACUCCACAGUGUCAAGAAGAAGUACGAGCUCUCAUCUGCCUGGUGACUCGCGACAACUUACCUGCAACUGAGCAUCUAUGCAACUUACUUUCACAAAGAAUAACGUUAUCUUUGAUGGGUCACGCUGCUUCUCAAGACCACAAUAAUUCUGUAAGACCUUUGGUACUGCUGCUGGGGUCUUUGGUGAAAGUACAAGAUUCUGUUGAAUGUUGGGAAGUUAGGCUUCGCUGUAUAGUAAAGCUAUGGGUUUGGUGCUGCCCACAACUCACUGAAGUAGUUGGUAUACCUCCAGCUGCUAAUGCUAUUCUGAAACCUGAAGCACUAGCGGGAAUACCUGGUAUAAAUACAUCUUCUCCCAAUUCGCACCAGUUUGCUCUUCAACAAGUAGCUCUCCCAUGUCUACGUUACAUGCAAGAGCUGAUGACGCCGGUCGUUCCCGCUGCGGCACCCGCACCUCAGCCGGCUGAAGAACAGGGGAAAGAAAAUAAGGAUUCAAGUCCAACCCCGGCACCUACCGUCCUGCCGAUCACGACGGGCAACAUGGUGGUGGACCUGUCGGCGUGGCUGGCGGGCCGCGUGCCGCACAAGCAGUGGCGCAAGCUGGUGGGCAAGGGCGACGUGCCGCCCGCCGACACCGCGCUGCCGCUGCGCGACCUGCACCUCGCGCACAAGUAUCUUGGCAAGUGGAAGGAGAAGAUGCUCCUCUCCCACGGCAUGCGUCAGUUGGCGCUGGAUGAGGGCGGUUGGCUCCGCCCCGUCAUGUUCGACCCCAGCUCGCGCAUCGCACGCGACACCGCGUGCCAGAUGGUCAAGUCCUUGUGCGACUCGUAUGAAAGAACUAAGGCGGUCUUGAUUUUAUUGACAAGCUUCUUACCCGAAGUUGGGAGAGCGGGAGAGGCGAGUGAGCAAUUCCUGCAACUAUAUCAAAGUCUAGCGUCCGAAGCGCCAUGGAAACAAUUCCUAGCACUACGUGGGGUACUACAACAAAUUGCCGAUUUGAUGACCAAAGAGAUCGACCAACUGCAUCGUCUGGAAGAAACUACACUGACUUCAGACCUUGCCCAAGGUUACGCUCUAAAGCGUCUGACGGAACUGUUAGCAAUGUUCCUCGAAGAGCCCGGCGCCCGUCGCACGUACAAGGGUCGCCUAGUUGGUGCGGUUCUUGGUGGAUAUUUGUCGUUGCGCCGUCUCGUUGUACAACGAACUCGACUUACCGACGAUACUCAAGAAAAAUUAUUGGAACUGCUGGAGGAGAUGACCACAGGCACUGAAACGGAAACAGCAGAGUUCAUGGCGGUAUGCAUUGAAACAGUACAGAAAUACCCAUUGCAAGAUUACCGCACACCAGUAUUCAUUUUUGAGCGCCUUUGCUCUAUCAUCUAUCCAGAAGAGAACGACGUGGGCGAGUUCUUCCUUACUCUUGAAAAGGAUCCACAGCAGGAGGACUUCUUGCAGGGUCGUAUGUUGGGCAACCCAUACUCAUCUCUAGAGCCCGGCAUGGGUCCGCUCAUGCGAGACGUGAAGAACAAGAUCUGUACUGACUGCGAACUAGUGGCUCUACUGGAAGACGACAAUGGAAUGGAGUUGCUUGUGUGCAACAAAAUUAUGUCACUUGAUUUACCUGUGAAGGAAGUGUACAAAAAGGUUUGGUGUACCUCUGGCGAAGGUGUAGAUGCGAUGCGAGUAGUGUACCGUAUGCGUGGCUUACUCGGUGACGCUACGGAAGAAUUUGUGGAGACGUUGAGUCAAACUAAUGCCGAGACUGUAGACGAUGAGCAAGUCUAUCGCAUGGCUAACGUGCUGGCUGACUGUGGCGGUCUAGAGGUGAUGCUGCAGCGGCUGGCGGCGAUAGGGCGCGUGGGGUGCGCGCGCUCGCUGGCGGGCACACUGCUGCGGCUGCUGGCGCUGUGCGCGCGCGUGCGGCGCUGCGUGCGCGUGCUGACGCGGCCCGAGGCGCGCGCGCUGCCCGUGCUGCUGCACGCGCUCAGCCUCGCCGCCGCCGACGAGAGGGAGAUGCUGCCCGCGCCGCUCGUCUAUCAGUUGCUUGAGAUUAUGGAACGUAUUCUAUCCGUCGCUGCGAGUGAGAGUCUUGAGUCCUUCCUUCAAUUCUCCUUAACAUUUGGAGGACCAGAACAUGUGCAAGCUCUACUCAAUUGUACUGAAUGUCCAGGUAUCCGCCACAACUCUGUCGCUCUGGGGCACCUAACGCGCGUACUCGCCGCACUCGUGUAUGGCAACGAUCUCAAAAUGGCGAUGUUAGUGGACCACUUCAAGCCGGUACUAGAUUUCGUUCUACUCGACUCGGAGCAAUGGGGCGAAGAAGAGUUCUGCAUGGAGUUGUUCUGUGUGUUGUGCGCUAAUAUAGAGAGGAACUCUAUCGGAGGCACGCUCAAAGACUAUCUCAUAUCAUUGGGUGUGGUUCGUGAUGCUCUGGACUAUAUUGUGAAAAACGCCCCAUGCGUGAAGCCGACGCUAGUGUGUACGGACUCGGACGAACUAAAGGAGUUUAUUAGCCGCCCCGCGCUCAAGUACAUCCUGCGAUUCCUCACUGGACUGGCUGCUGAUCAUGAGCCUACACAGAUGUUAGUGUGCGAAAAAGUUAUACCAAUCGUACAUCGUCUGGAACAAGUAUCGUCCGGUGAACACGUGGGCUCGCUCGCAGAGAACUUACUCGAGGCGCUUCGCUCCCAACCGCAAUGUGCCGCUAAAGUCCAACAAGUUCGGGAGUUUACGAGACAAGAAAAGAAGCGUCUUGCGAUGGCGGUGCGCGAGCGGCAGCUGGGCGCGCUGGGUAUGCGCAGCAACGAGCGCGGCCAGGUGACGGCGCAGUGCAGCCUCACGCAGCAGGUGGCCGACCUGGCGGAGGAGGCGGGCGCUGUCUGCUGCAUCUGCCGCGAGGGAUACAAGUACCAGCCGACCAAGGUGCUUGGUAUUUACACGUUCACGAAGCGCUGUCCGGUGGAGGAGUUCGAGGUGCGCGCGCGCAAGACGCUGGGCUACACCACGGUGUCGCACUACAACAUUGUGCACGUGGAGUGCCACAUGGCCGCCGUUAGGCUCGCGCGUGCCAGAGAUGAGUGGGAAAGUGCAGCACUGCAAAAUGCAUCAACACGGUGCAAUGGACUUUUGCCUCUGUGGGGACCGCAUGUACCUGAAUCGGCAUUUGCGUCUUGUCUUGCGAGACACACCACUUAUCUGCAGGAGUGCACGGGCCACCGCGACAUAGGGCACGGCUGCACGGUGCACGACCUGAAGCUGCUGCUGGUGCGGUUCGCGCGCGGCCGCACCUUCCACGACGACACGGGCGGCGGCGGCCCGCUCUCCAACAUGCAGCUGGUGCCCGCGCUCGUGCACAUGGCGCUAUAUGUUAUCAAUACGACCCGCGUGGCCGCGCGCGAGGUGUCCGGGCUGGAGACGAGCCUGGCGUGGCCGCCGGCGCGCGUGCUGGAGGCCGCGCACGACGCAGAGGGCCCGCUAUACUACCUCACGCUCAUGCUCCUGCUCUACCCGCACGCGAAAUGGCGCUCCCUCCGCGUGGAGAUGCUGAAGCGCGUGCUGUUGACGGCGCAGGCGCGCGCGCUGGCGCCGGGCGGGCCCGCACUGCGCGCGCUCGCGGCCGCCCAGCGCGCGCCGCGGCCCUGGCCCGACUACAAGCCGUACGCGAUGUUCGUGGCGCUGCUGCACCAGCUGUACACUGUCAUGUUUAAGAACGUGAACGCAACAACAGUCGAGCAGUGGCCGGUGAAGCUGGCGGAGUACAUCCGUCACAACGACGAAGCCAACGCCAAAGCAGCAGAGCGCAUUGUCACGACCCUCACCGAUGAACUGCUUCCGUGCGCCUCCUUCGCGGAGUUCUGCGACGCGGCCGGCUUCCUCGAAGACAUACCAGACCCUGAUGCCUUCCUCCAAGCAUUAUUAGAUGAGCAACCU